AUUCAGUUGGCACCUUUAAAUAGUAGCUCAUUGAUCGAAUUUCUCAUCUACUUCAGAGUUUUUACAAAUCACUCUGGUUAAUGAAAUGUCUGUUGAAAUAGAAGCUGAUAUUGUCCAGCAUCCAAACAACAGUACAUCCAAUCAGCCUUUUAUUGAAAAUUUCAACAGCGAAUUCAAUAAAAUAUCUGAUUUGAUACAAUUAAAAGACACUACUGAAUUACAUGAGACUGAAGGCCAUCAAGGAAUUAUAGACACCAUUCAUCACGAUAAAAUUCUUAACGAUAACAGCAUCCAUGAAAGCAAUACAGAUCAUCAUUUUGAUAUAUCUUCUCAAAAUAACCCUAAAAAUGAAAAUGCUAACAGUAUAAGUAUAAUUAGUAAUAACAAUACCAAUAUGAACACAAAUCAAAUUAACGAUUUUGAGUCGUCUUUCAAUAAAAACAUGAAUGGCAUUGCUAACCAGCAUAAUUUUCAGUUCGAGAUAGACAGGCUAUUGAAUGACGAUAGUGAUAAUGACAACUAUAACGACAACUUUAACUACAACGAUAAUAACAAUGAUAACGAGGCCAAAAUAGCUGAGCAUCAGAAUAGCACAAAAACCGAUUAUAGCAAAAGUGAUAAAAAUCACAACCCUGAAAAUCCUAAAUCAGAUCCUUACUCAAAGUCUUUUAAUGAUAAUGAUAAUGAUAAUGAUAAUGAUAAUGAUAAUGAUAAUAAUGAUAAUAAUAUUAUUACCAGUCCAAAUACCACUAACCGAAAAUUUGAAACCAUUCAAAUAAAUAAUAAAAAAAAUAAUAUCAUGCAUAAUCUGCCAAAAGCAUUUGUUUCUAGAAACCAAUUUCAAAAUAAACUCAGUGAUUUAACUACUAAUGUGGUUGAAUUACAAAAUAAUUGUGAAGCACAAAAUAAUAAUGAUAAGUUAAAUGAUUCCUUAGUAAACAACACUGACGAUUUGGAUAAUAUCGCCAAACAAAUUACCGGUGAAAUUAAUGAGGAUUCAGAAGAAAAACUGUCAAUAUUAAAAUCUGAAAACAUUUCUUUUGACAAUACUCACAUAAAUCAACUCAGCAAAUCAGCCAGUAUUUCUUCUAAUCUAGGUGACUUGGCUGAUGAUCAAAAUUCAACUAAACCAGCAAAGAAAAGAAAAAGAAUCAGAAGAUCUGUUUUUGCCAAAAGAAAGAAACCAAAUGUAAAGCAAAUCUUAAUCAAUGCUGUUGAUAAUAACAAUACACCUCAAAUUGACGAACCAAAAAUAGAAUCUUCAAUCAUGCCAAAAAAGACAACUGAGAAAAAGAAAACAAAAAGCAUGAGAAAAGAAUUACAAGGCCUACUUGAGGGAGCAUAUCUUUUAGGUUUUAUAAAUAAAGAUAACAUCAAUAGGUCGUUUAUAAGAGGAGAAGUUGAUAAAAAGAAACCAGAAAGGUACGUUGAUAAGGAUGCUGGACCCAUUAAACCAAAGAGAACGCAGACAACAUCCAAAACUGAAUCGACUGUUUCUUCUACUUCAACUGAUAAAAAAAUAAAAAAAGCUGCACCAAAAGUAAUUACAAAGGCAAAAAAUCCAUCACUUAAAGCUUUGGAAAAUAAAAUCGACACUAAAAGUGCAUCUAAACAUAGUCUGAAACCAGGACCCAAGCCAGGGUCUAAAGCAGGUUCUAAAUCAAUAUCAAAACAAAAUAAAAAAGGAUUUUUAACAACACUCGAAAAUCAAGAAACUAAAUUUAACAAUAAGCCUGGACCUAAGCUGGGAUCUAAAUUAAAACUGAGUUCCGAAGCUAACCUCAAAAUCAAGAAUAAUAUUACUUUAAAAGCCAAAACUAUUUACAAUGGUUUCAGCAAACAUUAUGAAAGUGAAUCUGAUGACGAAAUACAGGAAUACCAACUGGAAGAAUCAGGGAACUUCGAAAUGACUGAUAAAAGUGAUCAAGUUGAUGAUCUUGAUGAAGAAAUAUUAUCAAUGGCCACUUUAAAUGAGGAAAGCGGUGUAUCAAGUAAUUCAAAAUCAAAAAGGUCCUUGUUUAGCAAAUCAAAAUCGAGUGAAAGCAUUGGGUCUCAUGAUCCUAAAAAAAAGUUGAGAUCAAAACCUGGCUCUAAACCAAAAGCAAAACUUGAUGACGAAGAGAAAGUUUUUUCAUCUCAAGCUAAAGUGAAAAAUAAACCUGGCCCCAAACUAAAGAACCAAAGACUAGAAAUUCCAAACGGAAAACAAAAAAAUAGUGUGAAUAGCAAAGCUAUUAGCAGAAGCAGUUAUAAUGAUCUUUCAAAUGGUCAAUCCAUACGGUCAAGAUCGAGAACACCUUCUGAUAGUCUACUUAUAAUUGCUGCUAAUAAGAAAAGUUAUGAAUUUCCCAAGGAGUUUAAAAGUUUUUUAAUCAAUCCGAUACUCAUGAAAGAACAGCUCAAAUUAGCAGAUCGGAAGUUUUUUUCAAACGAUGCCAGUAAUUUAGAAUUUAAAGGUGAACAAUUUUUAAAUUUUAGAAAAUGUGGAAACUUUAUUUCAGAGUAUCCAAAUAGAUAUUUGUAUUAUUUUGAUUCCGAUAAAGUGGAUAAUCGGAAUAUUUCGAUGCCAUUGGAUCUCAACAACGUUCCUAAAGUCAGAUUACUAUCGCCAGUUCAUUCGAAUGUUUACGAAGAAUACUGUUUAUGUUUUCCAAAGGACGAGGAAAUAAAUCCAUUUGAUGAAAUUGGUAAAAACAUUGAGCUAUACCAGGCAGUUUAUUUUCCCAAAGAUAAGUUUCAUAAGCAAUAUGGUUAUGACUAUAACAAUGUUAGUCCGUUGCUAUAUGAAUUGUAUGAUUCGUAUUUGAAUAAGAACUUAAAAAAGUUCAGAGAUUUGAUUGAAAGUUUUAAUAAAAUGAUCGAGAGCAAUCGAAAGCAAAUUAAAAGCUAUAUAUCAAGCGGAAAUGCGCUGACAAUACCAGUGGGAUUUAUCCAUGAGGUACUAACGCAAGUAUAUCUUAGAACUAUAACUCCCAAAGUGAAAAACUUGAGACAUUACAAAGCAUUCUCAAAUAAUGUUUAUGGGGAACUAUUGCCCAGUGUUUUAUCGAAAAUGUACAACAAAGUCAAUUUAAAUAAGGAUAAAAAAUUUUUUGAUCUAGGGUCGGGAGUUGGAAAUUGUGUUUUACAGGCGUCAUUGGAAUUUGGGUGCAAAAGUUUUGGGUGUGAAAUCAUGGAAGAAGCAAGUGAGUUAACAGAUAUUCAGUUGAAAGAAUUCAAAGCGAGAUGCAAAUUUUUUGGAAUAACACAUGGGGCAAUAGAUUUUUAUCUCAGGCAAUCAUUUUUGGAUAAUAAAAAUGUUUUGGACACACUAAAAGAAUGCGAUGUGAUUUUAGUGAACAAUUAUAUUUUUGAUUUAAAGCUUAAUUCAAGCAUUGUUAAACUAUUUACCAAAGCCAAUCUAAAAAUUGGAUGCAAAAUAAUUUCGCUCAAGAAUUUAGUUCCGCCAGGAUUCACAAUUGGAAACGAAAGUAUUUUGGAGAAGAUGAAAGUUGAGAGGUUUGAAUUUGAAAGCGGAUCUGUAAGUUGGUCUAGCAGUGAUGGAUAUUAUUAUAUUGGAACCAUAACAGAUAGUAUUUUAGAAGAGUAUAUGGUGGAUCAUAGUGUUGGAAAAACCAGACUUGGUGGAAGUAGGUUUGCACCAUAUACAUCAAGUGCAGAUGAAAUGUUUUGAUUUCAUCAAAGGCAAAGGGUGUCAAAAGUUAGGAAAUAAAUUGCAUUCACUUUUUGUAUUUAUGUUUAUUAUUGAUUUUUGUUUUUGAUUCUUAUUUUCAUUUUCAUUUUGAUUCUCAUUUUUAUUCUCAUUUUUAUUCUCGAACUCAUUUUCAUUUUCAUUUUCAUUUUCAUUUUUAUUUUCAGCUUUAGUUUUAGUUUCCAG